UUUUAUUGCUUCACUAAGCUCUAACAGUUUGACCAUUUAUGAAUUCGGCUCAGAUGAAAUAAAUUGAUGGGAAGAAUGAACAUGUUGUUAUUGAUGGAAAUGAACAUGCUGUUAUUCGUGUGCUUCAAGAUGAUGCUCACCAAACUAUAUUAGUUUAGAUUAAUAAAUGUUUACAACUUGACCAGAACUGACAAGUUCUAACACUCGGUUUAUCUCGGAUCAACGGGAUACUCUGGGAUUUAUUCUCAACUGUUACUACUUAUUAACUGUUCUGUGAGGCUGGAGAACUACAAGGAAAUUGACCUUGCCAUACAAAUUUUUCAAAAUAAUUCUGGAUUUUAUCCACCAGGUCCUAAACUCACGGUGUUCAUUCCCGAGAAGGGAGGGAGUAGCUCCGGCGGGAGUCGAACAUCGGCUGGUCGGAGCUACAGCAGUGGCUAUCUGGAUAAUCCCGCAAUAGCCGCGCCGAUGGGUGUCAGUUUAUAUGCUCUCAGCCUCCUGACGUUCGUCGGUAAUGCUAUGGUUCUUCAUGCUAUCAGAACAGAGCGGAGACUUCAGACUGUGAGUAACAUCUUCAUCAUGAGCCUGGCGAUCGCUGACCUCACUGUGGGGAUGAUAGUCAUGCCAAUCAGCUCGGCGUACGCUAUAACCGGAGACUGGAUGUUUGGUAUCGUGGUGUGCCAGUUCUGGCUUUCAGUGGACUACACCGCCAGCACAGCCUCCAUCUUAAACUUGUUUAUUCUCAGCUUGGACCGCUAUUGGUCCAUUCGUUCCCCAUUAAAAUACCUGCGGAAACGGACUAAAAAGAGGGCACUUAUAAUGAUUGGGAUCGUGUGGUUGUUAUCAGCGAUGUGGAUCAUCCCGAUCAUUGGCUGGCAUUACUGGUACAAUGAUGGUGUUCGAAAACAACCUGGUGAUGUCUGUGAAACAGAAUUCGCCGAUAACGUUCUCUUCAAGUUGUCUACGUCUACCGCAAAUUUCUACGUCCCGAUUGUCUUGAUGAUAUGUCUGUAUGCGAAAAUAUUCCACGAGAUAAAGAAGCGAAGUAAGUUUGAAAUUGGACAAUGUAAUACUGGGGGAUCACAAGAUGAUAAUAGAAUAUCCGCAGAAGAAAAUAAUGUGGAUUCCGAGAGACGGAUGAGGAAUGACGACGAGAGAAGACAAACCUGUCAAAAACAGCUUCGCAGCUCAUUUGAUGACGAGUAUGAAGAUUUAGAAGCUGUUACUAAGAGGAUGGAGCGACCACGUUCUCCAAGUAACGAACUGUUGCGUGCAACGUGUUCGAGAACUGGAGGUGGUAAUUCUGGAAGAAGAGCUUGUAUCCGAACCACAAGCAGAGAUUCCAAUACCGACCCAUCCUUUCACAACCUGGCGGAGCCUUCUUUUUAUAACCAGAAGUAUAAUGACGUCACAGGGAAGACUGACAUCUUGCCCGCCAGUGGUACUGACACGUUGUUAUUAGGAGGUGUCGCAAGAAAAAACUAUGAUUCUAUUGGUAAUAUUGAUGGUAAGAGAGUUAGUGAUUUAAAAGACAGCAGAGAAAAUAUUUCAGGAAAGAAAACCAAACUUUGUCAACUAAAAUUCCGAAAAUCCUCCAAAAAUUUCUUAAAGACUAAGAAAAGAAAAAAUAAACAGUCCUUAGAACUGAUCGAGUUGUAUUCUUCUCGUGAACCGCGCAAACCUGACUCUGAUGGUUACAUAGAUGGUUCUGAAUUACAAGACCACAAAUGCCAGAGGUCGCUAAGACGGUAUGACACUGUCCCACCUCGGCCUGUUAACCGCUCGAGCUUUAGACCGGGGACUCGACUCAUACCAAACAUAACAACCGCAUUACGCAUGCGUGUGACCAGGAAAAGCAUGGCUUCCAAUCUGCGUCAAGAGAAGAAGGCAGCUCGUCAGUUGGGGGUCAUAAUGGGGGCUUUUGUCUUGUGUUGGCUGCCCUAUAUCAUAACUUUUAUCGUCACCGCUUAUUGUGAUGACUGUAUAGACCCCAAGAUCCACACUGCUACGAUUUGGUUAGGCUACUUAAAUUCCACCAUCAACCCCUUUCUUUACGCUUUGUGUAACGAUAACUUCAAGAGGGCCUUUAAAAAUAUGUUCCACAGAGGUUCAAGAAACUCGAUGUUUUUUCCUGCAAACGCUAAGCCUGACCACUUAUUUGCCUAG